AUCCACAUUCACGUAAAACAAUGCAACUCCUUGCCUUGCCUUUUAAAGGCGUCGCAAAGUGUUUUCGUUCGACGGACUACAAUAAAUGCACCUUUCGCUCGGAAUCUUCACUCCAGCAGAAAGCGUGAAAGCCGCAGAAACGUGUACAGUCGUGAUCUCUGCCUCCGUCGAUCGAUCGGUUCUGAAUAAAUCAGUAUUUUCCGAUCCGUGAUUAAAAUGAUUCCGUGUGUACAUUUCGAGUGAUAGAAGUACAGUGUUUCAUUAAAGGUAUACAAUAUACCGAAUACCGUUACAGUUAAUACGUGCAGAAUCAAACGCUCGAUAUGUUCCAGUAUCACUGUACGAUUGACCAACGCUUUCUAGUGAAAGAAACACGUUUUAUGCAUAAACAACUACACACAACCACUUGAGAAGCUCUUACGCGAAAUCUCGAUCGAUAGCUUGCAGAUCAACCUUACUUUCAACAGGUUUCUUUCGACAUGGAUAUCGCAGGUAUGACAAUUUUAGGAUUAAUUAUAAUUAUAGUAUCCAUGCCAUUCACCUGAACACCUGUAAUCAUAUUGAAUCUCGUAUAUCACCUUUUCCUGCGAACACUUUUCAACUCAAUCUCUGUGUUAUCGUAAUUAUGUGGCUAUAAUAUGAAAAUCCAUGUGAAUUGGAAAGCAAUAUGUAUUGGAUGCUAUGUUGACAGGAUUUAUGGCGCUUGCGCAGGCAAAUAUAAUAAAUAACAUUCAGAUAGGCUCAAAAUUAUUUGUUGAUAUAAGUGUCAAUAGAAAUGUUCUUUUAUACUAUUCAGUAUCUGCUAUUUAUGGUACAUAUUACCAAUAUAUGUAAUUUGAAUUGUUCAUUAAUCUUGACAUUUUUAUAAACAAAACAAGACAAUAUAGUCAUAUACAAUGACUCACACUUCAAGAUACGUAGGAUACCAUGCUAGUACAAAUCGUGACUAUUUAACAGAUGGAGAUGAAAGUCAUCGUGCUCCAUCAGAUCGCACAGUAUCUGAAUAUAUUGUAUCAGUCGAUCAUGCUACAAUGGUAAAAGGAAUGAAAAAAGACCGUCCAGAAAAAUAUGAAAAGGAUGAAGGAAGACGAUCACGAAGCACACACAACAGUCGUGUUUCAGUAUUAUCUGGAUCAUCCAGACAAGGUCUACAUCCUCUUAGGAAGAGUGCUUCACAUGGUAGUAUAUGUGACAAUGGUUCAGACAUAUAUGUUACAAGCGCUGCUUAUAGGGCAACAUCAGAUAUAAGCCAUGUAUCGCAUCACAGUUUAUCUCCAAGUUUAAGAAUGGGUCAUCGAGCACCUAGUCAUUGCAGUUAUGGUUCUGCGAAAUCGGUGAAGUCUCACACUUCUAGGAAGGAUGGUAUUAUUAUAGAAACUAUGUCGACGCCUAAUCCAUUUUGUCCGAAUACCAAGGGAGUUUGCUGUCUGAUGCUACUACUUAAUCUUGGCUUAAUUCUCGUUACCUUAGGUUUUGUUAUAGUAAUUCAAUUCUUUCAACCGUUAAUAGUUUGGAUUCUGGGGAUAAUCUUUCUCAUAUUUGGAUUUUUAACUUUGAUAGGAAGUUUAAUAUACUGCGUACACGUAUUUAGAAAUGCUAAACAUCCACACGAUAUUAAUCCAGAAGACCUUUAUUGGACAAAAUAUUGGCAAGGUCAUGUAGGUUCAGCACCUGAAGUGUAUUAUAAGGCCGAAGAUAAGUAUCAAGAUGAUGGUUACAGUGAUCGCUUAAGCAAAUAUUCAAAUAGAUAUUACGAUCGUCAAAGAUACUGAAAAUAUUUAGUUUAAUGCGAAACAUAAAUACAUUCAACAUAUUUAUAUUACGCAUACAAUCACCAAACAUAAUAAUAUAAAAAAACUUACACACAGAAGUAAUUCAAGAUGAAAAAAAAUUACCUACCAUGCAUAAUUCUGUUAUUAACAUAGAAUAUAAGGUAUAACAUGUACAAUUAUAUUUUGUAUAAAAUACUAAAUUAUUUAUUUUAUUCAGAUUAAUCUAAAAAUAAUAAAAUAUCAUUUAUGAAUUAGGAUGUUUUGAUUUGUAUGUACUUUAUCUAUAACUAAAACAAUGAACAAAUAUGAAUCGUUCUUGUGCUUUUACCUUCUACAUGAUUUGCUGUAUGUUUCAUAUAUGUUUUUAGAAACCAUUGUUUAAUGGUGCAGUAUAUGUAAAUAAUACAGUAAAAUCAUAAUGUUACCACUUUUUUGCAAAUCCAACUGUAUUAUCAAAUAAAUCCUUAU